AUGAUUAGGUCACGUAGGAAGGCUUACGAACGAUCAGACGACGACGACGACACUUCUGACUCGGAUCAAGAUUCGGAACUGGACGCCGAGGGCGAAACGCAGCUCGCCCUUCAAGAAAAAGAAAACGCCUUGGUCGAGUCCGCACUGCGACGAAUAAGACGAGCGCAGUCAAAAGGCAAGCAAGAGGUCAGGUUGAACAAAAAAGAGCUGGCAGCCUUGGAACAACGGCGGAAGCGCAUGCAAGCCGAGUCUGGCGGGAACAAAAAGAAGAGGGAGCAGCGUUAUGCGGUACCGCUGUCGCAGCUAGGACCAAUGUCUCAAAAGGAGAACCGGGCGCUGGUUGCGCCUGAUGAUACCUUGCCUCCACAUCCAUCGCCAGGGACGUUUGAGAGAACACAGGAUAGCAGGCUUCAACCUCCUGUGGGCUGGUUCGCUCACCCAUCGUCAUCCCGUCCCGGAACCGCAGAUUCUCGCGAAUCUCGCAGAUCUUCUGGAAGGGCAUCCGACCGCGAACUAAGCUCAUCCCCUUUCCAGUAUUCCUACGUUCAGCCAUCAGGUCCACCUUCGAAUCCGAGACAUUCAUCUGACCCGUCCCUGCGGCAUCGUUCAUCUCGUGGUCCUCUGCCUCACGAAGAAGCAUGGAUGCCACAGUACGGCGCAUCCGCGUCUACAUCGUCUAUUCCCUCAGCGCAUGACCCUUUUCGAUACAUGACAUCAGGCCCGCAAGCUCCAUAUCAUGGUUCGAUGACUGGUUCCCGUGUUCCAUCUGGCUCUCAAGUCCACCUGGACCCCUUGCGCGCAGACAAUGCUGCUCGGCGCCAAUCCAGGCAAAUCAGUCCUGACGACACCGAGAGUGACGACAGCGAGGACGAUGACGACACAAGCGAUGAUCUAGGUGCAGGUGUGCGCAUUGGGAGCUCAAACGUUGGGCCUUCGAGCAGUCGGGACCAGAUCAUUGUCGAGGAGGAACGGGAGCCUACACCACCACCUCGACCUGUGACGCGAUCAAAGAAGGUCUCAUCGGCUACAUCGUCCCCUAAACGAAAGCCUGUGGGUGGUAGCACUGGCCGCAAGAAAAAGGGCAGCAAAUGA